CGCGGCAGCACACGAAUUACAUCCAAACAAGCACAAGCAACUCACACGGCCAGGCAAAACCAAAACAACCAUCGCAUAACGAACAUUCCAAAAACGCGUCCCCCUAUGGCACAUUUGCCAGCGACAAACCUAAUUACAUCAAAUCAUCGGUUCUUGAUGGAGGACGACGCUGAAGCGAAACGCUUCCAGCGGCAAUGCAUCGAGCACCUCGAGAACGUGCUCGAGCGCGUCCGGAGUUUUGGCGAAAGUGUCUACAUCCUCAAUGAUGAGCAUCUCGCCGCGCUGAACGUGCGCAAGGCCGAGCCGCUUGACAUCGAGGAGCAGAGCGUUGACUUCGGACGCCGCUUCUUCUACCCUCGCUUCACCCUCGAGGAAGCACGCAAAAAGACGACCGAUUUUAUUUCCGAGAAUGGCCAAGACGUCGGCCAUUACGGCGACUGGCCCAAGAGAUGUCGACGAGGCUCCUACGUCGGCUUUGAAUCAACCCCUGGUCCCUAUGACCCCGAGGAGAGACACCCGCUCUGCGAUCCGAUGACGCAUGCCGACAUCAGACUCCGCUGGUUUCUGACCGUGAUGGGCGUGGACUUUCUUCCUUGGAUCGACACGCGCAACUUCGGCGUCUGGGAGGGUUCGGAGUGGUGCUACGUGAGUGAAAGGGAUCUGUUCCCUAAUCGGAUGGGCAAUCUUCCUAUCCAUUACUCACAUGGCCCAAGGGUUGGGAAUCCUCCGCAUCAGUACGCAUUUUAUGCCAGCGCGGCCUUUGUGAUCCCGGACCCUUCGGCCGAUCUACCACACGUAGGGGGCACCGUCGUCGACUCCACAGAGCCUUGCGAAGGCGAAGUCCUGCGCAGUGAGGUUGCCGCUGCUGUUGGGCUCCUCAAGCAUCAAUUUUGUCGGGGCGACUUUCGCCGCCACCAUACUCUGCCCGCCAUCGUCUUCUCCUUCCACCAUGACCGCUUCGGCCGAGUCACACAAUUCCACUUUGACGGCCGCUCUCUUGUGUUACGGCAAUCCCGUCUCCUCGACUUCCGAAGCGACGAACCGACAGUCGACGCCUAUCACAUGAUCCGGUGGAUGGCCAACCGCCCAAUGGGGGAGACCAGGUUUUUGCGUACUGCCGCUGAGGAGGCAGAAGGGUCAGAAUCGCAGGACAUGGAUAAGAACAGCACCCAGUUGCCCAUCGAUGUACGAGGAGCAUGAGUGUCGGACAGUAGCUGUGAGAACCAGGGUAGGCAAUGUGGGUGACAAACCUGAUCUGUAAACAAGGUAUGAGGGAUAGCUCGGUUAAUCAUCUGCACAAA